CCAUCCUCACAACUUCUCAAACGCUUCUCUCUAAAUCCCCAGAUUUCAAAUCCCUCUCUUUACUCGAUCCAAUCCCAAUCCCCAAUCAUGCAGAUCUUCGUGAAAACCCUCACCGGCAAGACCAUCACCCUCGAGGUCGAGAGCUCCGACACCAUCGACAACGUCAAGGCCAAGAUCCAGGACAAGGAGGGCAUCCCUCCGGACCAGCAAAGGCUCAUCUUCGCCGGAAAGCAGCUCGAGGACGGCCGCACCCUCGCCGACUACAACAUCCAGAAGGAGUCCACCCUCCACCUGGUGCUCCGUCUCAGGGGAGGCAUGCAGAUCUUCGUCAAAACCCUCACCGGGAAGACGAUCACUCUCGAGGUCGAGAGCUCCGACACCAUCGAUAACGUCAAGGCCAAGAUCCAGGACAAGGAAGGGAUCCCCCCGGACCAGCAGAGGCUGAUCUUCGCCGGAAAGCAACUCGAAGACGGCAGGACUCUAGCCGAUUACAACAUCCAGAAGGAAUCGACUCUCCAUCUGGUGCUCCGUCUCAGGGGUGGUAUGCAGAUCUUCGUCAAAACCCUUACCGGCAAGACCAUCACUCUCGAGGUUGAGAGCUCCGACACCAUCGACAACGUCAAGGCUAAGAUCCAGGACAAGGAGGGAAUUCCCCCGGACCAGCAGAGGUUGAUCUUCGCCGGAAAACAAUUGGAGGACGGCAGGACCCUGGCCGAUUACAACAUCCAGAAGGAGUCGACUCUGCACUUGGUGCUCCGGUUGAGGGGUGGCAUGCAGAUCUUCGUCAAGACUUUGACGGGGAAGACCAUCACCCUGGAGGUGGAGAGCUCCGACACGAUCGACAACGUCAAGGCCAAGAUUCAGGAUAAGGAGGGGAUUCCCCCGGAUCAGCAGAGGUUGAUCUUUGCUGGAAAGCAGUUGGAGGAUGGCAGGACCCUGGCGGAUUACAAUAUCCAGAAGGAGUCCACUCUUCAUCUUGUCCUCAGGCUUCGCGGUGGUAUGCAGAUUUUCGUGAAGACUCUGACUGGCAAGACAAUUACUCUGGAGGUGGAGAGCUCCGAUACCAUUGAUAAUGUCAAAGCCAAGAUCCAGGACAAGGAAGGGAUCCCACCGGACCAGCAGAGGCUGAUCUUUGCCGGCAAGCAGCUCGAGGAUGGUCGUACCCUGGCUGAUUAUAAUAUCCAGAAGGAGUCCACCCUCCACUUGGUCCUCCGUCUCCGUGGUGGUGAUUUCUAGAAGCCUACUCGGUCCCGUCUCCGGUGAUUUGCUGAUUUGCUAUGUUUUUCCUUGUUAAGUUUUCAGGUCGAUUGGCAAAGUUUGCCAAUUUGAUGAUGUUCUGUUAAGUUUGUGUUCUGUUCUCCUUUUUAAUUGCAAUGUCAAGACUCCUAUCUAUAUAAUAAAUAAUGUUCCUUUAGUUA